CAGAAACACAAAGAAAAUAUUAAAAAUUCAGGAUGGAUGAAUUUAAAUCAUAAGCAGGAGCAAAAUCCAAAUGCGUUGCGACCAUGUGAUGAUACAGAGAAAAGUGCUUUACGUGCACUUUCGAAUAAGCACAUUAGAAAAAGUUCAAGAAAUGAAAAGUUGUUAAAAUGGAUAGAUAGUCAUAAAAAUACUGAAGUUGUGAAUAAGAAUCAAGAUGUAAAUAGGACCGAAGUCAGCAACACCAUCUAUAAAUGGCAAAGCGGUCUUCGAGAUGAAAAAUCAUUUGAUUCAACUAAUAAAUUCACCACUGUAUUUGAUAAAAUUGAACAUGCAAUUUCGCCAGUCAAUCGUGUUUGUCUGACAAUGACGCACAACAAUUUACAAAGUCUUCAUAAUGUUUUAUUCUCCUUGCCAUUGUAUACGACUCCUUUUGAGCACUUGACAUACUUAAACUUCUCUCAUAACCAGCUUUCAUGGAUACCCGCACAAAUUGGCAAACUAGUUCAUCUUCGAUUUUUAAAU